AUGAAUAUGAGAAAUUAUGACAUUAAUUCUUUGAGAACACUUACCUCCUCAUCAUGCAUGCAUGUAUGGCUUGAAUUCAGAGUGGUUUUUCGCUGGAAAAAUCUUAUGUUAGUCUCCGAACCCUGUGGUUCACCAUUAUGGUUGCUGUUUUUCCUUUGUCCGGCAUGCUUGUUGAGGCCGUGGGCUUGUUGUGUUGAUGAUUUGCCAGGCCAUGGGCCUGUAGAGGAGCCGCUUAGGUCAUGGGCCUGUUGGGUCGUAGUCCCACUCAGGGCAGUAGCCCAGGCUUGGCUGCAGGUCACAGUGUACACAAGCAAGAAAAUGUACUUAGGUUUUCAACUUUCCCGAGUGGCAGGCCAACUCUCUACGGCUACAGACCCAUCUACGGAAGCAGCAGCAGCUCCCCAUCCUUCCACCGUCUACUCCUCCGACUCCACUCUUACCCACUACUUGUCAGCUUCGAAAUCUUUUACUCUGGAUCAUCCCGCUUAUUCCCCUAUGUACCCAGAUAGAGUUCCGGGCGGCAUUCCCCCGGCAGCCGCUCCCACUACUUCGAAUUUGCCUUCUUAUUCCUCCUGGAACUCAACCCUCGAUGUCGAAUCUUUCGUUUCCGGCCUGAAACGCUCCUCUGAUGUGCUCUACCAUCAGGCUAUAAUGGGUUUGGGCGCCCAUAACUCAAUUGGGCAAAGUGGAGCUUGGUACUCUACUGACUCUUUAGCCAAGCGUUCUAGAUUCGAGAGUGCAAGCUAUUUGCCUGUAUAUCCUCAGAGGCCAGGAGAAAAGGAUUGUGUCCACUAUAUGCAGACAAGAACAUGUAAAUUUGGGGAUACCUGCAUUUUUGACCAUCCUACUUGGGUUCCUGAGGGUGGGAUCCCUGAUUGGAAAGAGGUUCCACUCAUUGCUACAAGCGCCCUUCCUGAAAGGCCUGGAGAGCCAGAUUGUCCUUACUUCAUGAAAACUCAAAGGUGUAAAUAUGGAUUGAGGUGCAGAUUUAAUCAUCCACAAGAUAAUUUGGCUAAUACAGGUGCUUCAGAAUUUGCUGAUGGUUCUGCCUUACCUGAGAGACCUUCUGAGCCGCCAUGUGCGUUUUACAUGAAGACUGGGGAUUGUAAAUUUGGUGCAACAUGCAAAUUUCAUCACCCAAAGGGUGUCCUGGUACAAUCAUCUGGGUAUGACAAUGGUAACACGCAACCCUCUGAAUCAUUACUGAAGACUGAAGCAACAAUGGGAUAUAUCAAUUUAGCUAAGCCUGCUGCUCAGUUCACGCCAGCACUGUUCCACAAUUCAAAAGGGCUUCCUGUACGACCGGGUGAGUUGGAUUGUCCAUUCUAUCUGAAAACUGGCAGUUGCAAGUAUGGCACCACUUGCCGUUACAAUCAUCCUGCUGCUGCUGCAAUUGGCCAUUCCAUUGUAGCCUCCCCAGCCACAAGUCUAAACAUUGGAGUCACUAAUCCUGCUGUCUCUAUGUACCAAACUGUAGACCCAACAUUUUCCCAAGCAACGGUGGGAGUGGGCCUCACAAUAUACCCUCAACGACCUGGACAGAUGGAAUGUGAUUACUACAUGAAAACUGGAGAAUGUAAGUUCGGGGAAAGAUGCAGGUUCCACCAUCCUAUUAAUCGAUCUGCACCAGCAUCAUCAAUGAAGCUCACGCUUGCUGGAUUACCUCGGAGAGAGGGCUCUGUUCACUGCCCAUAUUAUAUGAAGACUGGUACAUGUAGGUUUGGUGUGACUUGCAAAUUUGACCACCCACCCCCUGCAGAGGUUUUGUCUAUAGCAACAUCGCUCGGAACAACAUCAACAGAUGCGGAAGGAAAGGAUGAUUCAAAAGCAGCAGAAACAGCUCAAGCAUAGUUGGCCAAAUGUUUUAAGAAGGAAUGACAAUGAUCUAUUUAAAGAUGAAUUUGAAUCAGUAAUUAGCGUCGAGUCCUGUCGAAUCAAAUAAUCUGAAUGUUAUGAAGUUGCCAAUCUAAUUACUUGACCACCUGUGCAUUUGAUGUAAUCUUUUUUAGCUUGCAUUAAUAGCAAUAGAUGCUUCUGGUUCUGUAUUGUACUUGCUAGAAUGAUGGUGAUAACAUUAUGAUGUUUGUUUCUCUGAAAUACACGACUAUUGAAUGCCACUCGCCCAUUUUGUCGAUGCCUGCCAA